AAAUUGCAGGUUAAAUUCGAUUGUGUAAUGUCAAAAAAAAAAAUCCGAUAAAAACUAUACCGAAAUUAAUAUAAUAAAAAUUAAGUUCCUCAAUAGAAUCAAAUUUAAUUAAAAUAAUUUACAAUAUAACAUGGCCAAGUACCUAGCUCAAAUCAUUGUUCUUGGAGGACAAGCAAUUGGUCGCGCAUUUGCCAAAGCUCUCAGACAAGAAAUCCAAGCAUCACAAGAAGCGGCUAAGCGUGCUGGUGGUGGUCAACAAGGACAAAAUAGAGCUGCUGCAAAUGCAAGAACAGGAAUGACACUAGAAGAGGCCAAACAAAUACUCAACUUAAACGACCUGAAACCAGAAGAAAUUCAAAAAAGUUUCGAACAUCUAUUCCAAAUGAAUGACAAAGCAAAAGGCGGUUCAUUCUACCUACAAUCGAAAGUCUUCCGAGCAAAAGAGCGCAUCGAUCAAGAACUAGCAGAAAACAAACCUAAGAACAAAGAUGCCAGAACGCCGCCCGAGAACCGAUGAAAUAGAUUAUUGUUUUAUCUUUGUCAUUAGUGGACUGACUUAUUAGUUUUUUAUUAUCAGUUAGCUCUGUGAAUAUGAAUUUUAUUUUAGAUGAAUUGUAUAUUUGAGCAAGGUGUUCAACACUUUGUUGUAGGUACCAUGAUUUUAAGUUUGUGCUUUGCUUUAUUAAAAGACGUUUUCAAUUGAA